UGAUUUUCUGUUGCGAACAUGUUGCCACCAUGUUGCGAACAUCGGUAGUCCACUACUAGCCACGAACAAUGUUCCGUACAAUGUUGCGAACUUAGUGUAAACGCGCCUUUACAAACACAAUAACCUACUUACUCUAUGGACACAAGUUACCCUGGUUUUGCACCACAGCUACUAGGUGGCACUGCUUCUAUCCAUUCCUCAGUUUUUAAGUGACUUCAGUGAGAAGCGGAUUGUUUGCAACCAAUUCGACGUGUGGGGUUAGCUUUGUGUGUGUACUAAGGUGCAAAGUAGACCUAAAAAGAGCAUACAUAUGAGAGGAUAAAGCCUAUCGCCCGAAAGAAAGUGAUUGGAAAACAUUAUAAUCGAGAAUGCCUCAGAUAAGAAAAGGUCAUACUUCCAAGGGUAAAAAUGGGUCAAAACCAAUCCAUAAUGGUAAUGACCAAAUUGCUGCAAGUGCAGAAGAUAGCAGUGAACAGACACAGCAGUUUCAGUUGGAAUUGUACUGGUGUAUUCGGCAGUUGGAGGCAGUGCUUCAUACAGAUAAAAUGACUCCAAGGCAAGCUCAAGAUGCCAGUCGCGCAUUGAAUGUACUAAAGAGCAAAACUGCACCUUUAAUAAAAAAACGCCAAGUGAUGAGGACAACAUUUGGUGACUACAGAGUCAAAAUGUCUGAGGAGGAAAAGCAGUUUAACAAGACAAAAACACAGCUGAGAGUGGCUGCUGUAGCACCAGACAAAAAGUCUCAUUUUUUCAAAAAAUGUUCUUCGUUGUCCAGCAGUACAACAACAAAUGCUAAAGAAGAAGAGGUGGACAACUGUGAUGAGACAAAAUGUACUGAAACCUCCGAAGACAGAAAAAAUAUAUAUGAAGCAUUAAAUGGAAGCUGUUUCAGAUUCAACUUUGAAUGACAGGUUUAUGUAGAAUUUUGUGAUGUCAUCAACAAUAUUCCAUACAUAAAUACACAUUUUAUUUGAAAUUUCCUUUGUUUAUUGGACUUCCAAUUCUGUAAAUAAAUUUUCUAUGGAAAUUUA